AUGGCCGAGGCAUCAGAGCCAGCCAGCAUGGAUUUCAGUAUCUGCAUUGUUGGUCUGGAUGAGGGGAUUGAGUCCAGCAUCAGCAAAUUUUCAGAUAACACCAAGCUGGGUGCACAGGAGGCCCUGCAGGAGCGGUACCGCCUGGGCUCGCUGCUGGGGCGUGGAGGAUUCGGCAGCGUCUGCUCGGGGACGCGGCUUUCGGACGGCGCCCCGGUGGCCAUCAAAAGGGUGCCUCGGAACCGCAUCUGGCAUUGGAGCGAGCUGCCCGACGGCACCAGCGCUCCCCUGGAGGUUGUGCUGCUGGACAAGGUGUCCACUGGCUUCCCCGGUGUCAUCCAGCUGCUGGAGUGGCUUGAGCUCCCGAGCGACGUUGUGAUGGUGCUGGAGCGGCCAGAGCACUCUCAGGACCUCCUGCAUUUCAUUCAAGCACGGGGGUUCCUGCGCGAGGAGGUGGCGCGGCAGCUGUUCCGCCAGGUGCUGGAGGCCGUGCGGCACUGCACCAGCUGCGGGGUCCUGCACCGCGAUAUAAAACCAGAGAACAUCCUGGUUGACCUGGCCACCGGGCAGGCCAAAUUGAUUGACUUUGGCUGUGGCACCUACCUGCAAGAGACAGCCUACACUCACUUUGCAGGAACACCAUCAUACAGCCCCCCGGAAUGGACCCGCUUUGGCUGGUACCAUGGCGAGCCAGCUACCAUCUGGUCCCUGGGCAUCCUGCUGCACGAGAUGGUCUGUGGGAAGAUGCCUUUCAGGAGGGGCUGGAACUUC